UAUUGGACAGUGUCUUCAUAAUUCAUAUACUAUGUCCAUAAAAGUAAACCAUGUCCUACUACUGAAAUGAAGAGUCAAAAUAAGAGCUCUGUGGUUGAAUUCAUCCUCUUGGGCUUUUCUAACUUUCCUGAACUCCAAGAGCAGCUCUUUGGGGUUUUCUUGGUUGUUUACCUGGUGACUCUGAUAGGAAAUGCCAUGAUCAUAGUCAUCAUCUCGCUGGAACAGAGCCUCCACGUUCCCAUGUACUUGUUCCUCCUGAACUUGUCUGUGGUGGAUGUGAGUCUCAGUGCAGUCAUUAUGCCUGAAAUGCUGAUGGUUCUCUCCACUGAGAAAACGUUGAUUUCCUUUGCGAGUUGUUUUGCACAGAUGUAUUUCAUUCUUCUUUUUGGUGGGACUGAAUGCUUUCUCCUGGGGACAAUGGCAUAUGACAGAUUUGCUGCAAUCUGUCAUCCUCUGAGCUACCCAGUGACUAUGAACAAAAGGGUUUUCAUGAAAUUAGUAAUGUUCUCAUGGGUCUCAGGAAUCAUGGUGGCUACUGUGCAGACAUCAUGGGUGUUUAGUUUUCCCUUUUGCGGCCCCAGUGGAAUUAAUCAUCUCUCUUGUGAAACCCCAGCAGUGAUACAGCUUGCAUGUGCGGACACGUUUUUAUUUGAAAUCUAUGCAUUCACUGGUACCAUUUUGAUUAUCGUGGUUCCUUUCCUGCUGAUACUCUUGUCUUACAUACGAAUCCUCUUUGCCAUCCUGAGGAUGCCAUCGACCACCGGGAGGCAGAAGGCCUUUUCCACCUGUGCCUCCCAUCUCACGUCUGUUACUCUCUUCUACGGCACAGCCAGCAUGACCUAUUUACAACCCAAAUCUGGCUACUCCCCAGAAACCAAGAAACUGAUGUCAUUGGCUUACUCACUUCUUACGCCUCUGCUGAAUCCACUGAUCUACAGCUUGCGAAACAGUGAGAUGAAAAGGGCUUUGAUGAAAUUAUGGCGAAGAAAAGUAGAUUUACACACAUUGUGA